ACCUUGAAGGAUGCUGGACAGUGUACAUAAAAAGGAGCCCGCAUUCACCCUAUCCACGACUCGGCGACAGAAGGCUUCCCGGUUGACUGAAGACUUGACGACUCCUCAACAUGAUGCUGCAGGCAGUUCUACUCGCCAGCCUGGCGAUUGUCGCCCAUGGUACCAUCUGCUGUGCUCCUCAGCAAUGGGAAGCGUUCAAAGACUACACCAUUGUCGACUCCUCAGGUGGAGAACGUGGCCUCCAAUACUAUUCCUAUGACGCCCUCAACAAAAGGUACGCGAUCAGCGGCAACUACACUGCUUUUGUCAGUUCCUACAAGGAAAUCUGGGACUACCGCCAGGGAACCGGCUUCCGCAUCGACAGUGACAAGCAAACGUGCGAGACGUUCUCCGUGUCUGGGAGCUUCCCGGCCAACUGCAUUCCUGGUGGCGCUGUCGAGAUGGGUCCUCUCUUCUACGGCUUUGGCACCGACAGCCUUUCUGCGAUAGCUUACCAGUUCAAUGACACGAGAAACGAGUUUAAGAACACUGUUGCCGUUGUCAGCCGCCGGGACUGCGUGCCCAUCAUCAGUACAACCACCAUCCUCCGUCCCGGAAACAACUAUUUGUACGCCCUGGGCUAUAACAACAUCUUUCCCGGCAUCAGGGACGUCACCGUCUUCGACCCCCCAUCCUUCUGUAGAAAGAGCGUCAUGAAAGAGGUCAACAGUUUAUACAAGUCCCUUCGAGUCUAGAAAGGUUACGCGUUUCCUUCGUUGUGGUAUGAUGUUGGAAACGUGUUCGCCGGCCAGCAAUAGAAAUCAUUGUACACGAGCAAUUUCAAUAAAACUUUCAAGUGAUCAGUUCAUCUCAA